GGCGGGAGGCGGUAAGGCUGGGGCUUUGCAGAUUUGGCGCGAGCGCGGCUGGGCUUUACUGCUGCUGGUGUGUAGUUUGUUCGGGAGCUUGACCUGAAGAAUCCCUGAAGCCGUGUGCGAGAGACGUGAGGAAGAGUCGGCACUGAGGUGACUCAGCCUUCCGUGUUGCCAUCAUGCCUCGAACCCGAUCCCAGUCACAGGUUACAAUCAGUUUUCCAAAAAAGAAGCUGUCUCGGACAUUGGACAAAGCUAAAAACUCCGGUGACACCAAACUAGAACUGACCGAUGUCCAGGCCAUCCCCUGUUCUUCCGUAAAAAUUCUGCCUCUCAGCCCCAGAAAACGUCUGGGUGAUGACAAUCUGUGCAACACUCCCCAUUUACCACCCUGUUCUCCACCAAAGCAAGGCAAGAAAGAGAAUGGCCCGCCUUGCUCACGUUCACCUAAGGGGCGCAGAUUGGUAUUCGACAAUCAGCUGACAGUUAAGUCUCCUAGCAAAAGAGAACAAGCCAGAGCUCACCAAAACAAAAUCCUUUCCUCAGUUCGUAAAGAUCAAGAGAUCACAACAAAUUCUGAGCAGAGAUGUCCACUGGAGAAAGAAUCUGCAUGUGUGAGACUGUUCAAGCAAGAAGGCACUUGCUACCAACAAGCAAAGCUGGUCCUGAAUACAGCUGUCCCGGACCGGCUGCCUGCCAGGGAAAAGGAGAUGAAUGUCAUCAGGAAUUUCCUGAGGGAGCACAUCUGUGGGAAAAAAGCUGGAAGUCUUUAUCUUUCUGGUGCUCCUGGAACUGGAAAAACUGCCUGCUUAAGCCGAAUUCUGCAAGACCUCAAGAAGGAACUGAAAGGCUUUAAAACUAUCAUGCUGAAUUGCAUGUCCUUGAGGAGUGCCCAGGCUGUAUUCCCAGCUAUUGCUCAGGAGAUUUAUCAGGAAGAAGUAUCCAGGCCAGCUGGGAAGGACAUGGUGAAGAAACUGGAAAACCAUAUGACUGCAGAGAAGGGCCCCAUGAUUGUGUUGGUGCUGGACGAGGUGGAUCAGCUGGACAGCAAAGGGCAGGAUGUAUUGUACACACUGUUCGAGUGGCCAUGGCUAAGCAAUUCUCGAUUGGUGCUGAUUGGUAUUGCUAAUACCUUGGAUCUCACGGACAGAAUUUUGCCGAGGCUUCAAGCUAGAGAAAAAUGUAAGCCUCGGUUGUUGAACUUCCCACCUUAUACCAAAAAUCAGAUAGCCGCUAUCUUGCAGGAUAGGCUUGAUCUGGUAUCUAGAGCUCAGGUUCUGGACAAUGCUGCAAUUCAGUUCUGUGCCCGAAAAGUCUCUGCUCUUUCAGGAGAUGUUCGAAAAGCGCUAGAUGUUUGCAGGAGAGCUAUUGAAAUUGUAGAGUCCGAUGUCAAAAGCCAGACUGUCCUCAAACCGCUGUCUGAAUGCAGGUUACCCUCUGAGUCACUGGUUCCCAAGCGGGUUGGUCUUAUUCACAUAUCCCAAGUUAUCUCAGAAGUUGAUGGUAACAGAAUGACUUUGAGCAAAGAAGGAGCACAAGAUUCCUUCCCUCUUCAGCAGAAGAUCUUGGUCUGCUCUUUGCUGCUCUUGACCCGGCAGCUGAAAAUCAAAGAGGUCACUCUGGGGAAGUUAUACGAAGCCUAUAGUAACGUUUGUCGCAAACAACAGGUGGCAGCUGUGGACCAGUCAGAGUGUUUGUCACUUUCAGGGCUCUUGGAGGCCAGGGGCAUUUUAGGAUUAAAGAAAAACAAGGAAACCCGCUUCACAAAGGUGUGUUUGAAGAUUGAAGAGAAGGAAGUAGAGCAUGCUCUGAAAGACAAAGCUUUAAUUGGAAAUAUCUUAGCUACUGGGUUGCCUUAAAUUCUUUUCUCUUAUGCUAAUACGCUACCCGCCACUGUCCAGUGGGCGUGUAGAGAGCUCUGGAGUCUUCAUAUUAGUACUUUAUCCAUUCAGGUCUGAAAACAAAUAUGACCUUUUUUUUUUUUAAAUUUUAUUUUAUCUUAUGUAAUCUCUACACCCAACAUGGGGCUUGAACAAAAGUUGCAUGCUCUUCUGACUGCGCCAGCCAGGCGCCCCUAAAUAUGGCCUUUUUAAAUGUGAAACUGAUACAUUUUAAUCUAUAGAUUCAUGAAUAUUAACACUGAAUGAUAAUUUUGGGUCUUAUUUUUAUGCAUUAAAAAUCACCAAGUAGACUCUUUUUAAUUAUAUUCACUACUUCCACCUCUUGUGUGCCUCUAACCAGUAUGCUUAUAUUAUAGUACACAGGAUUUAUGUGGUGGAAUGUGUCUGUAUUUACCUCUUAGUUUCUUCAAGCAUUGAUGUAUCUUAAAGAACUUUGGGGCUAGAGUAAGAAUGAAAAAGAACAUUCCAGGAAAAUAAGCAAGUCUACAUGGAGAUCUGGAGGACAUUUUGAUCAAAGAAUUUCUUUUUGGAGUAUACUGUGUUCGCGUUGCACAUACUUCCACAUUGUGACAUUUUAAAGACUCAUUGAGUUUCUGGGGCACUCCCAAGGUUGCGGGGGUGGUAGAAGGAAUGUAACUGUACGGAUUGUGAAUAUAUUUAUUUCCAAGUUGCA